AUGCCGUCCCUGCUCAAGGACGCCCAAGCGUGCCGCUCCAAAAUCUCCAGCUUUACAUGGGACGAUCUCGACGCCAUGAUCCAGGAGACCACCGCCGAUUUGACCAUGCAACUGUCAAGUGCCGCUGCGGGCGACGCCGAUGUUGCCCCAAAGCCAACGCCCGCCGAGUCGGUGCCAUCUAAGUACCGCAAGUUCCUGGAUGUGUUCAGCCCAGUCGAAGCAAGCCAGCUGCCCCCGCAUCAACCUUUCGAUCAUAAAAUUGAACUCGAGCCUGGUAAACAGCCUCCGUUCGGGCCGCUCUAUCCGCUCUCAGCCCGCGAGCUCCAAGAACUUUGCGAGUACCUCGAUACGAUGCUUGCCAAUGGGUUCAUCCGGCGAUCCAACAGCCCCGCCGCCGCGCCAAUCCUGUUCGUGCCAAAGAAGGACGGAUCAAUGCGGCUAUGCGUAGACUAUCGAGGUCUCAAUGCCGUGACGGUCAAGGAUUGUUACCUGAUCCCGCUGAUCGACAAACAGCUCGACCGCCUUGCUUGCGCCGUGAAGAUGACCAAGUUGGAUCUCAUGGGAGCUUACAAUCUCCUGCGUAUCCGCAAGGGCGAUGAGUGGAAACUGGCGUUCCAAACUCGAUACGGGCUAUACAAAUACCUUGUCAUGCCGUUUGGCCUGUGCAACGCGCCGUCCACAUUCCAGGCGUUGAUGAACUAUGUCUUCUGGGAUAUGCUGGACAUCACCGUCCUGAUCUACCUGGACGACAUCCUCAUCUACACUGGCGAAGGCGUAGAUCACGACGCCGUCGUUCAGACUGUGCUGGGCCGGCUUCGAGAGUACCGGUUGUUUGCCAAGGCUAGCAAGUGCGAGUUCGACGUGGAGGAGGUCGAGUAUUUGGGUUUCCUGGCAUCCACCAAGGGUGUACGAAUGGAUCCGAAGCGAGUUCAAACCAUGAACGAUUGGCCUGCACCGCGCAAUGUCCACCAGCUACAGGUGUUCCUCGGCUACGCCAAUUAUUACCGGAGAUUCAUUCCCGCUUACUCCCGAGUAAUAGCCCCCCUCACCGACUUGCUGAAAGGAAAGGCGAAGGGACCGAUCGAAUGGCGGGAUCUGCAACAGCGUUCGUUUGACUUGUUGAAGCGAGCUUUCACGCACGAACCCUUGCUUUGCCACUUCGACCCGGCCCUGCCGAUCCUAGUAGAGACCGACGCUAGCGAUCAUGCUAUCGCCGCUACACUCAGCCAGCCACGCCAAGAGACGCCGGCCGACUCCAAGGAAACGUGGCACCCCGUGGCAUAUUGA